AGCCGCUCCCGACGCCGAGCGUCGCGAUGCGCGAGCACCCGGCCCCGCGGCCGCUCCCACAGGCGCCGCGUUAACCUUACCCAUGCAGUGGCGGAAACUUACCAGGUUGAAGUCUUCGCCGGGCGGACACUCGCGUGCUCGGAGGAUGCUCUGCUGCGGCCGCAGGAAGGAAAAUGGCCGCGCGGCGCCGGACCUGACGGCGUCGCCGGGCCGCGCGCCGCCCGGCCCGCCGCAGCCGCCGCGCGCUAACCACGCGCCGCCGUGCGUUCUACAGCCUGACUUCCGGAAGGUAUCGGGUGUUAGCAAUGAAAUCUUCAGGCAAAUUGAAAUGGUAGAAAAUGACCACGACUCGACCACGGCCGCGGCGCUCGAGGCGGUGGAGCGCCGGGGCGAGAUGAUCGUGCGAAUUCUAGAGCUGAGGCAAGUGGGACGGAACAAUAUUGAAGCCGCCAAGAAAUUCUUCUCAUUACAGGACUCCCGCCACAUAGUCCAACUAGUGGAGAUCGUGAAGCGUCCUGGACAAACCCUGGGCUUAUACAUUCGGGAAGGAGACGGCGGUGCCAGGACCGACGGUGUCUUCAUAUCCAGGAUAGCAUUAGAGUCGGCUGUGUACAACAGUGGGUGUCUGAAAGUUGGUGAUGAAAUCCUGGCAGUGAACCUGGUGGAUGUGAGGAGGAUGUCUCUGGACGACGUGGUGAUUAUCAUGUCGAUACCAAGGCGGUUGCUGCUUUGCACGAGGCAGAGGAAAGGUAAAUCAGGCCCAGGGUCCCCUUCGCUGCCGCGUUCGGAACACAAGCCUCCCCCAGUCGUGGUGCUGAAGAGGGACUGCCGUGAUGACGAUGACCGUGACAGGGAUCGGGUCGAUGGUCUCUACUCACAACAUGGUACACUCCGUUCUACGGGAGGCCCUGGGAGCAGUGUGCGUCCCGUAGGAGACGGCCGGGAAGAAAGAAGUCGUCUUCAGCUGGGAGCCUUGUCACCUGACUCCACGGCUCUUGAUUUGUAUUAUAAUCCCAGACCUCCGUCUGACCAUUCCACGUGGAGUUACAGGCCACCACCGCCCGUGAUCACUGAGCAACCAAAAUCUUCGACAACUCAUUUUGUACCAUACGAGCGAUCAUAUCCGAACACCCUGGAGAGUUUAGCGGAGAAGGUGCAUUCGUUGUACCCAGGUGAUACUGGAAGCUCAAGAUAUGGUGGUCGUGUACCUCGUUCUGGUUCAGAACAACAGCUUCCAAGAGCAGAGACGCACUCGGACUUUGGUCGCCACUCCUUGCUGAGAUCGAGUUUGAAAGCUUCCGCCGCUGGUCCUGGGGCAACAAGUUUGAGAUAUAAUCAGCGAUAUGGUGGCGUAGGAAUGACAGGAACAGGUCUGACGGGCAGCGGAUUAACCAGCUCAGGUUUAUCUUCUGGCUUGGGACCUGGUCUUCCUUCAGGAUUAUCUACUACCGGCCUAAGUGGACUCACAGGAUCAAGCUUAGUUGGAUCUGGGCUGACGAGUUCUGGACUUGGAACAGGAUUAUCUGGAACUGGAUUAGGAUCAACUCUCGGAGGAGGAUAUGGCACUACGGGAUUGGGAUUACCGUCAUAUAGUUCCAAAUAUGGAACAAGUAGGCGGAAUAGAAGCUUGGAUUAUUCUUCAGACACAGAAGCAACAGCUCCAACAAGGACUCCAUAUUAUUCUGGUCUAAGUGGUUACAGGAGUAGCACGCUUGGCAGAGACAUUGGAUCGAAGUUUAAUUCUUUGCCAAGAGACGUAAGAGGGACAGGGCAAAGAUUGGGCUUAAGUAGACGCGCAGGCAGCGUUCUUCAGGAUGAGCCAGAACCAUUAUCUUCUCGACUAGAUCUUCGUUCUUCCAGAGGUCGUCUACCAUCUUCGCCAUCAGUGUUCACUUCGGACGAGUACCGAGCAUGGCUGUCUCGCGCGCCCUCCACCAGCGCCUUAUAUGAGACGUUGCGUCCCCGUUUACCUACACAUUAUUCUGCCGAGAAUAUACAUGAUGCGCUCAAAAAUAUGGAAAGCGGCAGUCGUUUCGGAUCAUCACUCGGCCUCGCAAGCCGCCGAAUGGAAAGGCCUCGGCAUCUCCCAGCUCGAUCGUUAUCGUCCCAACAACUUGGACCGACAGCCGGAGGAUCUCCUUCUGCCCGUCGAGUGAGACAGCUGUUGGAACUUGGCUCAAGGUUCAACUGCCCUAAUCCAAGUCCAGUACCUACGCCGGGAUCGAGACAUCAGCGACAUCUUGACAUCAAUCCUAAUGAGUUCCUAAAAUACAAAGUGGAGAAACCAGGGUCUGGAGGUCUCUCAGCUUCCAUGACUGGUCUCUCUCGUUUAUCUGGUGGUAUUUCGGGGAUGUUAUGGGUUCACCUGUUAGCUGGGCGGGGUCUCCGGCCCGCUCCAACGGGAUCUUCUCCUGGAUCCCCGCCCUCGGGACCACUGGCUCCUGCGCAGCCACCAGUCGCUCCGAGGGAUUUGUACUGUGUACUGGAGUGCGAUCGUGUGCAUAAGGCUAGAACUGUGGUCAGGACCGGAGAACUCCAAUUCGAUUGGGACGAAUCGUUUGAGCUGGAACUGGUUGACAACAGGCAGCUUGACGUCCUUGUGUACUCCUGGGACCCUCAGCAUAGACACAAGUUGUGCUACCGGGGCAUGGUCAUACUUCCUGAUAUCCUAUCGCGAUCACCGUCUCACCAGUUGGCUAUCAAGAUGGAGCCUCGCGGCACUUUAUACGUCCGCUUCCGCCACACGGAACCACACGAGCUGUUCAAACGACGACCCGCCCCAUCAAGGUUAUCUCCACCACCACUGUUUGGGGCGGAACUGGAAGCGGUUGUGGCGAGGGAGGUCAGACCUCCUCAUGCGCCUCCCGUACCUCUCAUAGUGAGGCGAUGUGUUGAGGAGAUUGAGAGACGGGGGCUUGAUAUCAUCGGCCUAUACAGGUUAUGCGGUUCAGCUAGUAAAAAGCGGAUCCUUCGAGAAGCAUUUGAGAGGAAUGCCCGUGGAGUGGAGCUGGCCCCAGAUUCGGUUCCCGACAUCAACGUCAUCACAGGCCUCCUGAAGGACUACCUUAGGGAACUCCCGCAGCCAUUGUUCAGCCGCUGCCUGUUCCAGAUGACUGUGGAUGCUUUGGCCGUUUGCCUCCCCGAUGACCGAGAAGGGAACGCUCGCCUCAUGGCGUCUAUAGUGGAAUGUCUCCCGCGGGCAGCCCGAGCUACUCUGGUUUUCCUUCUGGACCAUUUGGCUUUGGUCGUAGCUGCCCAAGACCGCAACAAGAUGUCGCCACAACACCUCGCAGUGGCAUUGGCCCCACCUUUAAUGCUUCACUCUCAAACCCCGAAUGAACUGGAGUACCAAAGACCGAUCCAUGUUUUGCAAGCACUGCUCCAGAUUUGGCCGCCUCCUAAGCGUUCAGUUCGGCGCGGCGAGCCAGCACCCGUGCUGCGUGGAAGCAAAGCCAGUGCGUCGCCAGCGGGCUCACUCAUCCACCCCCAAGGCCGAGUUCCGCCCUCAGCCAGUCCAUAUCGGCCUCCAGUGGGAGCAUCAGCAGCAUCUCAGCCGCCAGCUCUCUCGGCUCGGCCCGCGCCCGACCGCUCGCCGCCCGCACAUGUUCUCUCAUCAGUCAGGGUCGGCCAAUAUCGUCCGCAGUCGCCUCUUCGCGGCCCACUGCCCGCUCCGCCUCGCUCCCGUCAAGUGACGGUCUCAUCGCCCGGCUCGCCCAGCAGUAGCUCCGGCAGUCACAGCCCGGCGGACACCAUCAAACAUGGCGGCUCCGUGUCAUCCAUCCUCCGCCAGCCUGAACGGGCCAGCUCGCCGCGAAUGUCUCCCCGGAAUUCUCCAAGAGCAUCCCCUCGAGACUCCCCCCGGACCAGCACGCCGCGGGAGAACUCCUCAAGAGAGAUGACUCCCGCCAUCCCGGGAACAUCGGCGGGCCUGGCGGUGACCCUGAACGCCAGCGGAGCCCUGAGCCCCCGCUACAGCUCCACCAACCCGUUCCUGCAGCAGUACGACGCCGAGGAGGAGGCGGAGGCCUGGCGCGCCGCCGAUAUUUUUUCCUCAUCCACGCACACAUAGUGCUCAUAGCGAAUUGAGAUUUUCUAGUCAAUUUUUUUAAUCGAAUCGAAAGAGUGCUACGAUU